GGUUAAUAAACACAACGAAGAAGAAGGGUCAGCGGUCAGAGGUGAAAGUUGACUUCGGUAAAAACAUGGUUGAACACGGGGAUAUCCGCGUGGUUCACCGAGGUGGCAGCAAAAUAAACUUCAGGGAGCCUGUCAUAACCAAUGAUUCAAGUUUCCUUCUGUGCGCUUCGGGGGAGUGUGUGAAGGUGUUCAGCACCUCCACAGAGGAGUGUAUCCACGACCUGCGGGGACACACCGACCUGGUGACAGGUGUGCUGCUCAAGCCCUCCAACCACCUGCAGGUCUACUCUUGCUCAGCAGAUGGCACUGUCAGACUCUGGGACUUCACAGAUGGCAUCCUUAUCAAGACUUAUGUCAUCGGAUACCCAAUUUACUCCAUCUAUGCAUCACCAGACCACGAAGGAAUCAUCUUUAUUGUUACCCCUAUGCUAAGUGACAAAAGAUCUGAGUUGUUCCAGCUGGUUGCGGUCCAUCUGCCGCAGAGCGGCGAUCAGCUGGUGGAGGCCCGGGAGCUUUCUGCUGUGCUCAGCGACGUCAGCUCCAACCCAGCGGCUAUCACCAUCGGUAGAGGGGGGGAGUAUUUUGCUUCAGCUAAAGGUUUGCAGCUUGAGGUCUACUUCUUCAGGAAGCAGAAGUCUUACAGGUUUUCCCUCAAAGAAGGCAACAAGAAAGGAGGGAGGAACACAUUCACAUGUGUUGCCUGCCAUCCAAAAGAUGACUGCAUUGCCACCGGGCAUGAAGAUGGCAAGAUUCGUUUGUGGAGAAACUUCAACCACAAGAAGGAGUACACAUACACCACUCUGCACUGGCACCACAGUGCCGUCAGUUCACUGCGCUUCACUCCAGAAGGCACCAACCUGCUGAGUGGAGGCGUGGAGUCGGUGCUCGUCCAAUGGCGAUACAACCAAGAGAGCCAGCGGGACUUCCUGCCCCGCCUGGGUGCCGCCAUCACACACAUCACCAUCUCACCUGAUGGAGCACUGUUCUGUACCUCACACAGUGACAACAAGAUCACCAUCAUCCAGAGUUGUGUGAAAGUAUCAGCUGUCAUUCAGGGCCUGGUCAAAGGAGAAAGUGUCAGGACCGACUUGAUGGUUGACCCACGCAGCAAAGCCAUGGUUCUGAACGGCAAACCAGGCCACCUGCAGUUUUACUCCCUCCAGAGAGACAAGCUGCUGUACAAUCUGGACAUUGUACAGCAGGAGUACAUUCAUGAGUCGGGCCUCCAGCAGUUUGAGGUGGUCAAAGCAGCCUUCGAUGCCUCUGGAAAUUGGCUAGCAACAGUGGAAGAAAGAAAACAGAAAGCUGCUGAGCUGGAGCUUAAUUUAAAACUGUGGGAAUUUGAUGAACAAACACAGAGUUUUGUGCUGAACACGACCAUCUCGGCCCCCCACGAGGCCCAGAUUACAGCCAUGUGCUUUUGCCAUGCCGCUGACAGCCAGACCACCAUGCUGGUCUCCACCAGCAAGGACGGACACUUCAAAGCCUGGCAGCUGGCCACACCAGCCCGCACAGAGGAUGAAGGUCCUUCCUGGUCGUGUGAUUUUGUCGGAGCCUAUCACGGGCUGGUGCCAAAGUGCUGCUGUUUCUCAGCUGAUGGUUCUUUGUUGGCCGUCAGCUUUCAGGAGGUGGUGACUGUGUGGAGCCCGUCCUCCUGGGAGCUCCUGACGACUCUGUCCCAGCCACCAGGAGCUAUCAGGGAUCUUUGCUUUGGUCGACUUAGUUGUUCCAAGUAUCUGCUGGGAACGACUGCCAGCAACCUGCUCUGCUGCUGGAACCUCCUCACCUGCUCCUUGGAGUGGAGCACCUCCAUGGACACCAGCCUGCUGCUGGCCGACCCCUUCUCUGAGAACAUGGCUGCCUUCUGCUGUCAGGCUGGAUGCACUGACUUAUUUGUUUUCAAGCCCAGUGAGCCUCGACCAUUGUUUUCCCAUAAGGCCGUGUGUUCAGGGAAGGUGACUCGUGCCGUCUUUGCCCCGAGGGAGGACAUGCUGGAGAGCUGUGAGGAGAGCAGCCAGUGGCUCAACUGCUCCCAGCUCUACUUCCUCACUCAGUACAUGGACCUCAUGACAUUCAUCACCAAGGCAGAAGAGGACAGACUGAUGGCUUCCAGCAAACAGCUCGUGAUCGAUGACAGCGUCGCCAUGACACCGUUCUACCUGUUGCUGGGGAAACACCGGCAACAGCAGCAGGAAAAUCAAGACACACUGAGCACCCUGUCUGCUGAGCGAACACCUCUGCCGCAGGGCUCUGUUGCCAUUAAGGAGCUUCUGCAGACCCCAGCCCACGUCCUGCCCUCUACCUCUUUCCUCUGCUCCAUGUUUGUACAGUCUCUGCUCAUCUCUGUCACAGACUCCAGGGAGGAAAGCAAACAUGCAGAGGAGGAAAUGGAGAGCGAGAAAGAGGAAGAGGAUUCGGAGGGGGAAAUGGAAUCCAGCACCUCGAGACCCAGAGAGGCGUCACUGGCGGGCCAUGCGACAGAGACUGCAGCCCUCGCUCUGACAAAAGCCCAGGCCAGGGAACUGAGGAGGGUGAAAAAACUUGACCACAGUUGGCUUUCAGGCCUCCUGGACUCUUGAACACGACCAUUGUCCAAAAACAGACACUCACACAGAUGCAAUGCCUAUAGAAAAGUUUUCGACACAUCAUUGGAUUUUUUAAUGUUAGAUUGUUUUUCCACCAUUAACUCAGAAUGGAUUUCUUCUAGAAAGAAAUAUCAAAUCUUUUCAAAUUGUACAGAACAUAAAUAUUUGAUUGCAUAUGUAUCUGACCCUUUUGCAACAAAUACAGCCUUGAAUCAGUGUGGAUCACUUUCACUCAUUUUAACAGUAAAAAAAAUUCCCUGUGAAACUGCUGAGGCUCUGUUGGACAAGUAUCACAUGUGAACAGCAGUUUUCUUACCCAGAACUCUGGACUGUGUUGAGGACUGGACUCUGACUAGGUCACUUCUGUAUAUUAACGUUGUGUGUGUGUUUUUUUUUUAAAGCCAUUCCUGCGUAGCUCUGGCUGUAUGUUUGUGGUGUCUUGUUGGAAAAUAAAUCUUUUCCCAAGUCACAGUU